UACCUGUGGUAGCCAUAAAAUUCAACUGUUUUUUCGACAAGUCUGCAAAAUUGCGCAAUGCACAGGAACCCCAAGCCCAAUUAUUGGUAAAAUUUCUCAGACUGGAUUUCAGUCCGCCAUAUAUUGGACUUUGAAAUCUCACCGGAGACUCGUUGUUGAAAAGGCAAGAUUUACAAUUUCAGUACUGGAAAUGCAAUCAAAGCUUUGUCAUCUAUAAUGUCGCUGAAGAAAGUCGUACUCGACUUGGAUUUUUAACCCCGUACUUCGUCGGGGAGGAUUUUCGAUUCUACACUUGACGGGGGACUCGACUAGUCCAGACUUACUGCACAGUCAGUUAUAGACUGUUUCAAGACCUUAAAAUGCUCUAUGCACUCAGGACUAGAGCCUCUUUCUCUUCCUCUCGCUGAUGGUGCAGGGAAACACCAAGCAAGACAUGCACCAAGUUUACCGUAACAGCAUUCCCUCACUUGCCUACCCCGACAAGAAGCUCAAGGGCUCCGCUAUCAAGGCCGUGCCAUCUCCGAGCCUCGUCUCGUGUGCCCAGGAGUGUCUGAAGCUCUUCCCGCGCUGCAAGUCGUACAAUUAUAUCACCACUUCUAUGAUUUGCGAGUUGAAUAGCAUCGGAGUGUCGGGAUCAUUGAUCGAACAACUCGAGCAAAUGGAGCCCGCCUCGAAGACAGUGUUUACUCAAGUACUGGACCAAGCGAUGCUGUUCAAGCAAUGUAGCGACCACUUCAAGUACGGCGUGACGGAAAACGGCCUUUACUACCUACAAGAUACUCAUCACAACUGGUACCCAGUCUACUGCGACUUCACAUCAGAGGCCGGGAAGGCCUGGACACUGGUUUUAUCUUUUAGCUACGCAAACGGCGUUAAACCCGAGUUCUCCUCAAUCCCCUUCUUCAAUGACUCCACCUUCUCAGAAGAUAGCCCUAACUGGGAGGCGUACAGACUUUCUAAACCAAGAAUGGAGUCGCUACAAAAUGCGUCAACAUACUGGCGAGUCACCAGUGACUUCGCCUCCAAUGCAAUCGAUUAUACAGAUUAUUUAAGAGCAAGAAUAAGCGAGCUCGAUUUGCUGACAUUCCAGGGUCUAAAUAAGUGCGGUAAAGUUGAGUACAUCAAUGUAAUGGGCCAUAACUGCACAGGGUGCACAGUGCCAUUCUUCCAGGAGAAUUGGAUGAUGCUUCAUCAUGACAGCUCACUUAAUUCCAAAUGCGAAUUUCUUCCAACUAAUGGUAGUGUGGAAAGUCAAGACAACUUUGGAUUAUAUCAGUAUGCAAACCCAAAUUUUCGGUGCACUGCAUCUUAUGAGGCGACGACCAAUUACUGGUUUGGAACGAAGAUAUAAAGAAAUUGGCCGCACCUUCAUCCAUUGAGGAUGAGAAAAUUGAUGCGUGUGUCCUAAAAGACGUAUAAAUAACACAACGACGACAACGACGACGUCCAGCUUUCUUUUUUUUUUUCGUGAUUCAACUGCAUAGUUUCUAAGCAAUGUGCAAAUAAAUGGCAAACCUCGC